AUGAAGUUUCCGGCUGGUAUGACUGCCCCAACUCCCAAACAUGUCUGCAAGUUAAACAAGUCACUCUAUGGAUUUCGACAAGCUUCACGACAGUGGUAUUCAAAACUCAUAGGUGCACUAAAUUUCAAUGGUUAUUCACAUUCCCUAAAUGACUAUUCCUUAUUUUUCAAGAGAAAGGGAACUUCAAUUUCCAUUUUAGCAGUUUAUGUAGACGACAUUGUGCUAACUGGGAACGACCAAGGGGAACUAAAUGCACUGAAAGCUUUCCUUGAUCAAGAAUUCAAAAUUAAGGAUCUUGGAAACUUACAUUAUUUUUUGGGAAUGGAAGUUGUCCCGGAAUCAUCUGGUUUAAUCUUGACUCAACAAAAGUUCACUUUGGAUUUGCUCAAAAAGUUCAAUUGUCUAGAUAAGCCGCCCGUGUCUUCACCUUUAGAUCCAACCCAGAAACUUAUUGCCAACACUGGUGAUAUCAUUCUAGAUCCAACAUUAUAUCGACACUUGAUCGGCAAAUUGAACUACCUAACUCAUACGCGACCGGAUCUUUCAUUCACUAUACAACACCUGAGUCAAUAUAUGCAAGAUCCUCGCCAGCCACACCUAGAAGCUGCUCUACGAGUCCUUCGCUAUCUCUUUAGAGAUCCAGGUCUUGGGCUCUUUCUGUCAGCGUCAUCAUCGUUCAAGCUUCAAGCUUUCUGUCACUCCGAAUGGGCUUCUUUCCCAGAUUCAAGGAAAUCAGUAAGUGGCUUCUAUAUCUCCCUCGGAUCCUCACCAAUUUUCUAG